AUGAUUAGUAUUUAAGUUAUUUCACCUAAAUUGAGAAAUACAAAUCAUAAGGCAAAUUUGAGUUAACCUACAAUAACUAAAUAUAAUAAUUUAAACAGCUUCAAAGAUUAUUUUAGAAGUCAAAAAAUCAAUGAAAAAGUUUUUCGGCAUCAUUAAAGAAUAAGCACUACUGAUAGUAGAUGUAAAACAGAUUCUCGUUUAUUUGAGAAUUUUUCAAGCAGCACAAAGAGGCUUUCAAUGCAAUCAUCUACUUUAUGCUUGUCAAAUUCAAAAUCCUAGAGUACAAGUCCAAAAACAAAAAUAGAUGUAAGUCAAAAAAUGAAUUUAAAUUCCUCAAUAAAAAAAGGCCUGAGAUCUUCAAAGAAACAAAAGCAAUAGUAAAGUUUAGAUUAAACAGUUCCCUUAUCAGAUGAUUUUAAAAACAAGUUUGAUGCGUUAAUUUUAAAAACAAAUUCACUGAUUUAGAAUUUCAAAUCAAGAGAAAAAUCAUUUAUUAAAAGAGAAAAGGAAUUGAAUUAAGAAAUCUUAAAACUUAAAACUAGAAUAGAAAUACAAAAUAGACUUUUAAUUAGUUAUAACAUACCUCAAACAAAAUUUUGA